UGUGCGUGCGUGCGUGCGUGUGUGUGUGUGUGGAUGUCCAUCCGGCUUAGCGCGCGUGUAGCGUGAAUUUUGUAUACUCUUUGUAUAUAUUAAUUGCUUUCGAAGGGUAAACAGAGCGUCAAAAGAACGAAACAUCUUACGCACUGAUAGAGAUAUAAAUCGGGCGACGCGAUGUUGUGUAUGCGAGUUUAUCCGUGCGUUAAGCGCGAUAAUACAUCGCUACAUUGCGCUGAGAAGAGCAGAGAGCAAUGGCGCUCACAAAAGAUCGAUUGCGAAACGAUCCCGAGCAAAUAGGCACGGAUACAACAUCCGUUCAGUUUAUCGUCACGCGGACUCGCGUGACCCGGUUGUAUCCUCGCACCGCGUUUCUCAACGCACGGGUCGCGGGCAUCGAUGUGUCGGUGAGCGCGGCGGAAGGAAUUAAUAGAAAAUGCAUUUAUAUCUCGCGCGUAGAGCGAGGGUGAUAAACAGCCGACUAUUACGCAGUAUAUAUAAAGUUAAGAAGGCACUACUUUAGCGUGCUUGCCUCUCCGCCAUUCCUCGCUUCUCUUUCACGAUUGCUUGUAACAAGAAGUACAUCAUGGGAUACACCUCGAAGUUGUGCGAGUACCUGUUGCAUAUAUUUUGUGCAUACUCAUCGUCUCAUUUAUCAUGCACUUGACAAUUCUUUAAUUUCGGGAACACAGCCAAAACGAUCGACUAAUCGCCAUUAAUUCAAGCAUAAAAAAAUUAAAGUACAUGCUAUAUGUAUAUUCUCGUAUGCUAAUCUUUCCUCCAUUACCUAAACAUCCUUUUUUUUACGCAUAUUUCGAAUAAUUAAAUUACAACGUCGCUAGAAAUAUGACAUGUAAAUGACGUAAUAGACCUAUAUAUGACAAUGAUGGGUGACGUAGGUAAUGAUAUUCAAGAUAACAGCGAGCUCUAAGCGAUAAUAAAUUCUCUUUCUCUCUGUCGCAGACUAUAUCUCAACGUCGUAACCCAGGCAUUAACAACAAGUACAAAAACUAAAUCGAUUAGCUUCGGCCAUGAGUUAAAAAGUAUAUACGUUGCGUAACAUUUUUGCUCGCCGUCCGUUCGGCUUUUAGACCAAUGGUGUCGCCGCCUGUUUUACGCUAUUAAUACAACCAUUUGUAGACACGAGCGUCGAUCGUGCAUUAGCAUAUAAAGUUUUCUUUUUUCAGUUUUGUUACACCGGGUAGGUUCGUACGCAUAAAAGCGAGACGAAAACCGAUCGCGGGAUUCUCAAGAGCGUAUCGAACCUAUAACCUCGGGAUCAAUUAAUCAAAUUCCUCGAUGGAACUUUAUGAAUUCCAUCCACGUGCACGUCGGCGUCGGUCUUUUGCUAACUACACGUCGACGAUUAAAAAAAGCGACAGCGUCAACAAGGCAUCUUUCAAGCAUCCUAUAAAAUCCUCACCCGGACACUCAAGAUCGUUCUACACCUGUGAAGGAAUGUCUAUCGGCGGCCGUCGAGUGGACGCAUAUUUUCAAAGCGGCCCCGAAAAGUCUCCCAAACACCUACGCAUCGGGCCGGUUCUAAGUCGAUUAAAGUGCCGGGCGAUACAACAGUUUGUCGAAGAUGGUUUCUCACGGUAAAAUUGGAUACUAGACGCAGAAACCGUCAACGAAGAACCGUCCGGACGUGAUUAACUAUCCCGGCUAUCUGUAAUUAUCUAUGUUGGUGGCGUAGAAAACAGAAAAAGAUCAUUUUUUUUGCUCUCCCUUGUCAUUAAUUGUAGGCGGCUAGAAAAACUGCAAUAAUCAUGUAACGUGAAAUUACAUUGUUGUAAGAAUAAUAUUAACACUGACGUGACACGGCCUCUUUGCAUGAUACUUUGCAAUUAUACUGUUCAUAAUUUUGGCUGCGAUUUAAACUUGCAUAAAAGAAAUAAUUCUUUUAAAACGUAUAUGCACUUGUACAAUGUAUUGCAUAUGUUACAAUCUUAAUAAUUAUGUUUAGUUAUGUUAUUAUAGA